GAGCCAAUCCCUCAAUAGAAGACAGUAUGGGUCGGACCCCUAUUAAUUACUGCACUAACGAGUCAGUAAGAAAACUAUUGGAGAAAUAUUCAGUUAAAUUUGAGGAGAAUGAGUUAAGGAAGAGACUGGAGGAAAGAAGGAAAUAUCCGCUGGAGGACAGACUAAGGAAUCAUCUAGUCGGCCAAGAAGGGGCCAUCACUACUGUAGCAUCAGCAAUAAGGAGGAGAGAGUUGGGUUGGAAUGACACUGAUCAUCCACUAGUGUUCCUGUUCCUUGGAUCCUCUGGAAUUGGCAAGACAGAAUUGGCUAAACAAACUGCUAACUAUCUCCACAAAGACAAUCCAAAAGGGUUUAUUAGGAUUGAUAUGUCAGAGUAUCAGCAAAAACAUGAG